ACUAACAUUAUAUCAGUUAAUGAUAUAUACGGUUAUUCUACAAUAUUCAAAAUGCAUGCUUACAUUCUCAGUUCUUAUCAUCCAAACCAUCUGUGGCUUCAAUGAGACCACAACAUGAACAAUGUUUUCUAAUCGUGUUGCUCAUACAACAUUUUUUUUUUUUUUUUAAAGAAACUCCACCCACCCUUAACGUGUAUUUAUACCGUGUUUAGCCAGUGAAAGCUCACUGAUUGUCUUCUUCAUCAUGACCAUCAUCAUCAUCUCUCUGCUCCUGCUGGCCUCUCUGCUGCCACACCUGACCUUCACUGCUCAUGUGAAUGUGGGUAUAGUGAAUGGGAGAGAAGCCAUACCCCAUUCCAGGCCUUACAUGGUUUCUCUUCAGAAAAAUGGGCAACAUCACUGUGGUGGAUUUCUCAUUUCUGAUCAGUAUGUCUUGACUGCUGCACAUUGCUCGACUAGAUUUGAGUUGACGGUUGUGGUUGGUGCUCAUGACUUGAGGAACAGCAAGAGAUCAGAUCACAUCAAAGUGAAGUCCACCAUCCCACAUCCAAACUAUAAUACCAGUACUGAUGAGAAUGACAUCAUGCUUUUGAAGCUAAAGAAAAAAGUCAAACUAAAAAAAGAAGUUAGAAAGAUAUCAUUACCAAAGAAAGAUGAAGACAUCAAAGCAGGUACUCUCUGUGCUGUUGCCGGCUGGGGAAGCAUGAAGACCAAUGGCCAAGGCACAAGCAAUUGUCUAAUGGAGGCAAACACGACUGUAUUAAAUCAGGCAGAAUGUAAGAAAAAAUGGGAACAUGAAUUUUUUGAACAACAGAUGAUCUGUGUACAUGGCCAUGGUGGAACCUGCAAAGGGGAUUCAGGAGGUCCUUUGGUUUGUGGAGAAACUGCUGUUGGUGUCACAUCUUUUGGUGGCCAUCUCUGCAAUUCACAUAACAGUCCUAAUGUGUAUACUAAGAUUUCAGCAUAUAUCAACUGGAUCAACAAUGUAAUUGGAAAUGUUAAUAGACUUCAUGGAAACUAAAAAGGAAGAAAUGUUUUUCUUGAAUUCUUCCAUAAACCUUCUUUCAAUAAACGUAUCACACGGCAAGCAUCA